AUGUUGCACGUUGAACCCCCAUUGCGUCCAGAAGGGGAUGCUCUCUACGUCCAUACAUUUUCGGAGCUCGACGAUCGGGAAUUCAGGCGCCCGCCAGUCGCUGUGCCUCACCUCCAGCAUCAAAUGGAAGAAUCUAGUUACCUUACCUUCUGUCGUUCGGUCUCGGAUGACUACGAGUGGCAGCAAUCCCGUGAAGGACGAAUGGGAUACGUGGAGUGGUUUGUUACAGAGCAUCGGAAUGAACGAAACGGUUACUUUUUCGAAUACCUGCGACCACGGAGUUUCGACUUGUCUGCUGCCAAACCACCACCCAUUUAUCAAGAUUUACUACUGUAUAAGCAACUUACUGCAGACUACUCAUGGAUGGGUGUCACCGCUACUGUGACCUGGGCUUUGAACCUCCUUCUACCGGAUCCUUCCUUUGAUGGGAAUUUACGGACCUUCAACGAAAAUCUCAAGGUAUAUGCUCUAAAGCUCUGGUCGACGAAGAUUCCCUUUGACGGAGACUCCCCAGUUGUCGACCAAACAGAAGAGGAGCCGGAUUGGGGUGAUAAGUUCUAUGUCGAGCACGACCUUCUCCCGCACUACACGCCUCCUGUGCCCGCGUUGUCCUUCAGAGUCAUUGCCUUUGAUCUCUUCGGUACCAUCAUCGACGGUGACGGUGUUGUAAAUGACGUUAUGUUUCUGCUAUUACCAACGCAUCCCGGCAGACCCCGACUAUCCGAACUAGAAAACGCUGAAGCACCUUAUACCGACAUGGUGCAGCAUGUUUUGGAGGAUGUCCGCACUUUUGUAGGAGCGCCGCUCAGUAGAGCUGUACUCCGGGAAGCUGUCCGGACCAUCCUGCAUCCUGGUUUAUAUGCAGAUGCAGAAGCAGCUGUGAAGACGCUCCUGGAUCAGGGUUAUAUACUAGUCUGUCUUCCAGUUCCGGAUGCGAAAUCAUCUUCACUUCCCCAACUUCCAUUUGAUCUCACUGCGAACGAUCAACCUGCGCCCCUUUCGGACCUCUUUGGCCAAAUCUCCUCUAUGUUUUCAGACAUCUGGGGGCGCUGUCACUUGGCGUGCAGUAACGUUAAAAGCACCCAAAUUCUUGUAGUGACGUCUAGUCAUUACCGAGUGAUGGAACCAGCGAACAUGGCGGAUUUCCCAACGGUUCUAGUUCAACGUCCUGGGGGCCUAGGAUCGGGAGUCAACCUCAGGACAUGUGACCCAACCUUAGCGAUCGACGGAUUACGGGCUCUACCAACGAAGCUACACGAGGUGUUGUCCGACCUUGGUCCUUCACUGCUGACGCGGGCCAUGAUUUCUGAAACCCAAUACCGCGUCUACGGCAUGUAUCAGGUGACCAAAUUACUUGGAAUGGGAAGCUUUGGAAAUGUAUCGAGUGCUUUCCACGUUCUCACCGGCUCGGAGGCUGCAAUCAAAUUGUAG